GAUCAUUUGAUGACUAUCAUCUUAUCCAUCUUAUUAUCUCUUUUCAUCUACUGGGCAUUACCUUUGAUUUCAGCUGAAAUCUUCACCAUACUCUAUCUGGAAUAUAUAAUUAUAUAUAUAUACACAUACACAUACACAUACACAUACACAUCCAUUUCCAGAGUACAUCUAUAUUUACAAGGGAAAAGGCGAUCACGGAAAUCUUCAUUUCUAUCCUGGUUCAGAUCAAGGUCGUCUCGUUGGUGUAUGUCACAUCCAUCCCUCCAUCCAUCCAUCAAUUCCCAUUUCUAUCUCUAAGCCCGUGGCCAUGUUUUCGGUGAGACAUCAACCGACAAUUAUCACGGGGAAAUGUACACCAUAUUUUCGCAUUUCUACACCUAGAGUAUCUGGUAUAUCUCAAACAAGACAAUUGAGAUAUCAAAGUAGAAAUGCGAAAUUAAAUCCACAUACGCCUUCACAAAUAUCAACCUCAAUACCGAAACCUAAGACCAAAGACAACAAAGGAUGGUCAACACAAAAUGCUCUUUUGUUGGCGGCGGCCACCGCCGGCUUAGCUUACACGUUUGCUAUGGUACGGGAAAGGAAUAGGAGGGCUGAGGGUAGGGAUUAUGCGGAUCCAGAGAAGUUUACGGUGCCUAGAUAUGCAAAUAUCAAACAGAUGGAGAUGGCCUUGAAGGAAAUUCGAGAAGCUACAAACGAAGAUACUAUUUCCACGGAUCCAGAAGAUUUGUUGGCUCAUGGAUACUCGGAAUGGUCAUCUACCAAUGUCAAUAGUUUACCAGUAGCAGUAGCGUAUCCAAAAUCUACUCAGGAAGUCUCCAAAAUCGCUUCGAUAUGUCACAAAUAUCGGGUACCAAUUGUUCCCUAUUCAGGGGGCACGAGUUUGGAAGGAAAUGUAUCAUGUCCUUACGGAGGUGUUAGCGUCGAUUUUGCUUUCAUGGACCAAAUCGUUGCAUUUCAUCAGGAGGAUAUGGAUGUUGUUGUUCAACCAUCUGUUUCGUGGAUGGAUCUCAACGAUGAACUUGCCAAACGUCAAUCCGGACUCUUCUUCCCAGUGGAUCCAGGCCCAAGUGCAAAAAUAGGAGGUAUGGUAGGAACAAAUUGUUCUGGUACCAACUGUGUUCGUUACGGUUCAAUGAAAGAUUGGGUCAUAAACCUAACCGUGGUUCUUUCCGACGGAACAAUCAUCAAAACCAAACGACGACCCCGUAAAUCCUCUGCAGGCUACAAUCUUAACAGUCUUUUCGUAGGCUCCGAAGGAACCCUCGGUCUUGUAACUGAAAUUACACUCAAGCUCGCCGUCGUACCAUCAGAAUACUCAGUCGCUGUAGUCACUUUCCCUACGAUUCGUGAUGCGGCAGCAGCAGCAGCUGGUGUCAUGCGUGCGGGUAUUCAAGUUGCAGCUAUGGAAAUCAUGGACGAAGUACAGAUGAAAGUCGUCAAUUUAUCCAAAUCUACUGCUCCUCGUCAAUGGAAAGAACUCCCUACCCUCUUCUUCAAAUUCUCCGGUACCAAAGCAUCGGUUAAAGAAAACAUAGCAAUGGUCUCCUCCAUCGCCAAAUCUCAUCGCGGCAGCUCCUUUGAAUUCGCAAAAGACGCGCGAGAACAAAAGCUAUUAUGGUCAGCGAGGAAAGAAUCGUUGUGGAGUAUGCUAGCACUGCGAACAAAUGGGAGUGAAGUCUGGAGUACAGACGUGGCGGUGCCCUUCUCGAGAUUGGCGGAUAUCAUCGAGUUGAGCAAGAAGGAGAUGGACGAUUUGGGACUUUUCGCUAGUAUCUUGGGUCAUGUGGGAGAUGGAAAUUUUCACGAGAGUAUUAUGUAUGAUCGAACGGUGCCGGGGGAGAUGGAGAAAGUGGAGAGGUGUGUGAAGAAUAUGGUGGUUCGAGCUUUGGAGAUGGAGGGGACAGUAACGGGCGAACAUGGAAUAGGAAUCGGAAAGAAAGAAUCCCUUCUCAUGGAACUAGGACACGAUACUUUGGGAGUCAUGAAAUCUAUCAAAUCGGCAUUAGAUCCACACUGGAUAAUGAAUCCAGGGAAAAUCAUCGAUAUCCCCAAGUAAACCAACCUCGCUUCGCUUCAUUUUCAUUUUCAUUUUCGCUUACCUCCCUCCCUUCCUUCCUUCCUUCUAUGCUUUGGUUUGGUAUGGUAGGAUAUCGUAUAGUAUUUAUUCGCAUGACAUAGUACGGUAUCGGAAGAACCUUCAGUUCAGUCUGCAUCUUGGGCUUGGGAGGGACAUAAAAAAAAAAAAAACUCUUCGAGAAAAAGAUUUUGCGGAACGGGAAUUAUGAAAAUGAUCAGAUGUGGAAUGGAAAUUGCAUGGCUAUGGUAUGAUAUGGUAUGGUAUGGUAUGUUAUUGGCAUAGGCGUGGGUAUGUGCAUUGGGGUGGGAAGGGAGGUGGAUGUCUUUUUGCUUGUUGCGUUUGUAUCUGUGUUUGAGUUUGAGUUUGUGUUUGUAUGUGCGUGAAUCUUGGUUGCAUGUUAGGGAUUGGGGUCUGCGUUGUGGUAUUGAGGUAUUGUUGCGUUGCGUUGCGUUGCGUUGAAUUGCGUUAAAUUAAAUUGUACAGCAUUGCAUUGCAUCCAAGUAUCUGGAAUGAAAUAAAUUGACGAUUUUCCUCGUAUUCAUUUGAUAGGUUCUGAAAUGGAAUGGAAUGGAAUGGAAUGGAGUGAUGUACAUCAUUGGAGUUCGUUCGCUCGCUCUGAAAGAAAAGAAGGGAAAGGAAAGGGGUAGUACUGCGUUGAUUCGGUUAUUUUGAUCUGUGUUGUGUUGUGUUGAGGA